AUGCCCGUUUCAGUGUCCAUUUCUAAGGCGGAUGCGCUCGCCUUUCUUGCCGGCGCGAAAGAUGUUAUACUGGGGGUAGUGGAGGUUGUUGUGGCUAUGAUUACUCUGCUGGGGAAGGUUAAUGAGGCGGUUGUUGUAGUUAAGGAGCUCGCUGACAAUGCGGGAGAGACUCUCGCCGCGAUUCAGCGAAUCUUCCGAGGCCAAUGGACCGAGUCUCCUGCUCGCCAAUGGCUUGCUCAAUCUUUUCCUACUGCUCUGCCUUCUCCUCAGUACUACCUCCCCUAA